GUUAGGGAAGGGGCGUUACCGGUGUAAAUAGGAUGAAGUUAUUGUGAGGAUUAUGGAAACUCCCAAUGAGUCUGAAAGUUCAUUUAUUCCGUCGCAUUGUGGUGGAUAUGAUAACGAUUUUGAUCUCUACAGUGAACCAUGUGAUGAUUUAAAGGAUUUUGAUUAUAAUUCAUCUGAAGAUGAAUCAGAGCAUUCAGACGCAACGUACACAAAGGAACAUGUUACGAAGUCAACUCUAGACGUGAAUGACCUAUGUGAUAGGUCGUAUAACAGACCAAAGAGUAGUCUUAGUUUACGUUAUGACAGCUAUAACAGUGACAUAUUUGAAAAGAGAAAUAAUAGAAGAGUACGUGCCAGAAGCUGUGAACCAAAGAAACGUGUAACAUUUGAGAAAACAGAUGAGGAUGAAGAAAUACAGGACUUUUUGUCAGCAUUUCAACGCAGUCUCAAAUUGCUGGGCCUAGAAACGAAUAAAUCCUAUACUACCUGUUAUAAGCCAACAAAUAAUUCUAUCAGCAGACGGACACCAACACCACGAUUGUGUACAAGAUUGCAUGAACGCUCAUUAUCGUUGGCCAGUCUUAGGCAAGAUGACAUGUACACCAUGCUCAGAGAUCGUGAACUGUUGUCUAAAGCUGUUUAUGAGGAGUGGUAUUUUCGCAAGUUAAUGCAGGAGCGUGCAGCACGUGAGAGGGAGAGAAUGAAACAAAAACAGCAACAAGAGAAAUCUGAAAAUGUCCGCCAAAAAGCACAACUGGAGUUCCAGCGAUGGUGCAGUCGAAAGAGAGAGAAGGUUCAUGAACUGAAGAGUAAGAAACAUGAUGACACUCAGAUUGGACUUGCCACCACAAGUAAUCAAGAGAUCCGUGCAAAAGCAGAAUCUGCAUUCCAUCAGUGGCUGCAUCAGAAAAGGAAGGCCCAAAUGAAGAGCAGAAAGGAGAAAAAUAAGUACUUGUCGGAGAACAAUGAAGAACAGGUUCAAAACAGCAAAAAACAACAGGAUUCUGAGAAGAGAGCUCAAGCUGAGGCAAGUUAUCGGGUAUGGAAACAACGUGCAGAUGAAGCAUUCCAAGCAAAGAAUAAAGAGGAAGUCAUGAAGAAAAGACAAAAGGCAGCCAAAGAGAGAAAAGAGAAGAUGGAAAAGGCGGAGGCAGCUCAGAAGGCAUUUUCUGCCUGGAAGGCACUUAAGGAUACUGAAAUCAAAACCCAACAAGAAAGAAACAGGCGACGUAACCGAGUCAAGAUACAGAGAGAACAGAUGCGUGCCACAGAAAGACUGUAUCAGGCAGAGCAGGCAUUUGAAGACUGGCUGGAGAGAGUGGAACAUAGGAAAAAAUUUGGCCGAUCAGGUCCUGUUUCACCUGUACCAUGGAAUCCAGGUGGAGGGCCAAUACAACUAACAUAAUUUACUUACUGGUAUCAGGUUAAGAACAUAUCAGAACCAUUUCUCCAACAGAAAUUUUAUUCGAAAAAUUAAAAAAAAAUUAAGAAUAAAUUUUUAUGAUUUUUCUGUUAUGUUAAUGUUGUUUUUUAAGUUCAUUCCUAAUUUCUUUGUUGCCAGAAAAACGAUCAUUUCUGGGAUCAUAAUGAGAUUCCUAUUUAAAGAAGAGAAAUGUAGGAAUU